CUGAUGAUAACGGGGUUGUCGUCGGCUUUCGUAGAGUCGUCGAUAUCGGGCCGUGGCGAGGCGUAGGUUGAUCAUCUGUAAACAAAGUUCUGGCUGGUCGUAUCGGCACCUUUACGCCUCUAAGGCCUCUCCCGGGGGGCUCGACUUUGCGACGUGGCCUCGAUCCCGGUACCCAGUCAGUAGCGCACCUGGGGAGAGUCCUCCGGUCUCCCCCUGGGGAUAAUAGGUGGACCCUCCCGACAUGUUAUGUUUAUAUGUAUGCGCUGUCUUACGUGUUGCCUGCCACACGGCCUCAUCGCAUAUUUGGGUGUAUAUUUAUUCUCUCAUGUAUAUAACAACACACACGCCGAUCGUAUUAAUCUCUGGAACUGAGCGAGUACUCCUAGAGACUAUACUCUCUCCUGAGACUUCUCCCUCGACGUUCCAUCUCAUAUACCUCCUCCUCUCCGAGUGUUCGGGCUCGUUCUCCUUCAGGUGGCUCGAACGAAAACUCUUGUCGCCAUUGUCCUCCUCCCAAUCAUGUCCAAAGUUACUGCCGCACCUGUCCUGGCGGCUACGGCGCUCGGCUCAUUCGCUUGGGCACGCCAUGCUGAAUUACCAGUUAUACCAACUAUCGCGACAUCGUUAGCCGUUGUGAUCCCCUUAUACGCCGUUGUUUGGCUCAGCUGGAUAUUUCCCUUCUAUGUUUCCGAGUUGAGACACGUCCCAACGGUGCCUGGCUUCCCUCUAUGGGGCCAGUUUGUCGACAUUAUUACAGAAGAAUGCGGUGUCCCUCAACGACGAUGGCACAAAGAACACGGCCCCAUCAUCAGAUACUUCUUCCCCUUUGGGGCUGAGCGUCUAUCUAUUGCAGACGACGAAGCCCUCAAGCAGAUGACUGUGAAGAACCCGUACAAUUACCCCAAGCCUGUACGAGCCAAGCUCUGGAUGGUCCGAAUCCUAGGCGAAGGCGUGCUGCUGGCAGAAGGUCCGGAACACGUACAUCAGCGCAAGUCUCUCGCUCCAGGGUUUUCUAUUCAAUCCAUUCGGGCACUCACUCCUGUAUUCUGGGAGAAGUCUCUCCUCCUCGCCAAGUGUUGGCGACAGGAGAUGACCGCCGAAAGAGUGUCGACGAAGUCUUUCGAAGUUCUGGAGUGGCUGAACCGCACGACGCUCGACAUCAUUGGGAGCGCCGGGUUUGGCUACGACAUCAACUCCUUGGAAAAUCCCGGAACACCCAUCCGUGAGGCUUACCGCCUAGUCUUCGCCUUCGACCUGAGUUCACGAAUUAUGCACGGGCUCCAGGCAUUCAUUCCCGCCUCCAAGUACAUACCUUCCAAGAUGAAUAACGACGUCCGAGUCUCCAGGGAGAUUAUCCUGAAUAAGGCAACCCAGAUCAUCAGGGAAAAGCAGGAGCAAGCCGAACAAAACACCACUGCCAAAGACAUUCUGGCUCUAAUCGCUCGCGACAACAAGAAGCUCCAAGCCAAGGGAGAAGCUGGCCUCUCGUUCGAAACCAUGCGCGAUCAGGUGAUGACCUUCUUGGGAGCCGGCCACGACACGACGGCGACGGGCGUCGCGUGGACGAUCCAUCUGCUGUCCACCCACCCCGAGAUCCAGUCCCGGCUCCGAGAGGAAAUCAAAGACCACAUGCCCUUCCUCUUCAACCAACGCACACGCCUCGACCCCGAGCGCAUCGCCUCGGCGGAUGCGGACCAGCUACCGUUCCUCGACAACGUGUGCCGCGAGUCGCUGCGCUUCAUCCCGCCGAUCCCCAUGACCGUGCGGCAGGCGGUCGCAGACGAUUAUCUGGGGCCGUACAAGGUACCGGCGGGCACGGUCGUGUACAUCCUCGCUAACGUCAUCAACCGACUUCCGAUGUACUGGGGCCCGACGGUCGACGAGUUCGACCCAGACCGGUGGGAUAACCUGCCUGCGACAUUUACGGCCAACGCGUUCAUGACCUUCCUCCAAGGCCCGCGCGGCUGCAUCGGCCGCAAGUUCGCCGAGACCGAGAUGAAGGUCCUGCUCUGCUGCCUCCUCAGCAUGUACGAGUUCAAGCGCGACCCCAACACCCCUAACCCCGAGGAUUGGAAGAUGUGGCGCCUUGUGCUGCGGCCGAAGGACGGCGUCACCGUCAAGGCUACAGCUAUCUGAGAUUCGGGACGGGCACGCGAUGAUUUCAUUUAUUACCCACUACUCACUGUACCCCUAAUCUACGAAUAUACGUGUCUAUAUAAUGGCGUCGAGAGCCAACAACGCCGUUGAUGGGAAGAAGCUAUAUUAAUAUGUAGCAUUUUAUGCUACCAGGUGCUCUUUACUCCCUCCUCAUCCCAUAACGCAUAAAAUAGGGCGAAACUGAGUAUCCACCCAUUCGUACCGAGAUAUGAUCGUCCCAUGUCUUCCUAGCCUAUGUAUACUUUCGCCAUAUUACCGUGUGAUAUUAUUCUGAAAACGAGACAGUGCUGUCGUAGAUAUCCAGGUAAUGAUAUUC